AUGGAGAGACCAUCGAAUUUAGGCCAAGAUGAAGGUCUACCAUUAACAGAACCCAAGUAUGCUAUUCUGCCCUCAGCUGACCUCGCCUUGGUUGGGAAGUAUCCCCCAGAGAUAUAUAAAGGCAUUCAUAAGCUCGAGGAAACAAUCAAAUCCACAUUUGAUACACUCGAAGAGCAUGAUAUCGACCAAUACCUGUCUCUAGGAUGUGUGUCUGGACAAGAUUUUCAACACCUGGUCGAGAAUCGCCAGCAGCUAUGUUACUCAGUCAGGUUCACAUACUUCCCAGAUAUCGAAACACUUAUUGUUAAAAUUGCCAUGCCUAGGCAGAAUGCGGCUCGCAUGGCAUUUAGGCGAGAGAUCACCUCCCAGUUAAGGAUCAUGAGUCUCGGCAUCGAGGAGCGUCCUGCCCUAUGGCCGUCCCUUCACAUCAGCCCUGCAGGUUCCAUGAAAGAAGCAGACGAUAGUUGGUCCCAUCCUUUGAUGGAACCUAGGAAUAAUGAUUGGCCAAAAAUCGUCAUUCAGAGUGCGGUAGCAGAAUCGAUGCCCAGGCUCCGCCAAGAAGCCUCCUGGUGGAUAAAUAACUCUAAGGGUCAAGUACAGAUCGUGAUCUUGAUUAGUGUGCGCAAAGAUAGUAGGAGUAUAGUAUUCGAAAAGUAUUUCCCAAAGUUUAGUGUUCCUUCCAACCCCGGAGCGCAACCUGGGACAGCCUAUAUUCCAGACCUGAUUUCAACUACUGAAGUGUGCUAUGGAGAUGACCCUCCAACUAUUCGAGGCCCUCCAGUCAGGUUGGAGUUCCAACGCUUAGUGGGUAGAAAACCACUGUUGUCUGAGAAAGACGUCAUUCUGUGGCCGGAGUUGCUCUUGGAAAUCGCUGAAGACAUCUUUGAGUAUGACGGAUUUCCCCCGCUCAGACUGGCACGGUACAAAGCUCCUCAUAUGUUAAGCCCUCACCUGGGUCGUGACGUCGUCCUUAGUUCUAAUGGGUUCCUUGGGCACAGGACCAGGACUGAAAGGAUUGAAAAAAGACAAGCACUUAGAAUCAAACCAUCAAGUAUGGGAUGA